AUGGAGCAUUUCAAAAAAGUCCCUUCAGAACGGUUCUUGAAGCUGAUGCUUAUUGAUGGCUGUUUCACGCUGGAAAUUUUCCGGCCAGCCAUUGAAACUCUGGGCGAUUAUCACUCUGACGAUCUGAUUUUCGGCAAUCACGGGAAGCUCUAUAUCUGGCCGUUUAUCAGACAGGACAUGUUGCUGCUUGAAAAUCAACUGCCCAUGCUUGUUCUUGACAAGCUUCUGGCUAUUAAUUACAAGAUGGUUCGUUCGGCGAACCAGUUGUAUGAUGCUGGUGUGAUAAUCAAAACAUCAGAGAAUUCGCACUUUAACUAUGACCACCAUAACAUCUCAUUCGAAGGAGGGGUCCUACGUCUCCCCAUAUUCAUUAUAGAUGAGAACACUGAAUCAACAUUUCUAAACAUGAUAGCUUUUGAACGUUGCCAUGUUGGAGCAGGCAGUGACAUGACAACAUUUGUACGCUUCAUGAGCAACCUAAUUCACAGCGCUGGGGACAUCAACGUCCAGGGAUCCCAAGGGGUCAUUCGUAUAACUUUUGGGAGUGUCCAAGAUGCGGCUGACCUAUUCGACACCACAUCCAAAAACUUGACACUCGACGCAUCAAAUCGCCUAGCACGUAUUCUUGAUGAUGUCAAUUGUAUACAGCGCUCUGCAAUACUACCAAGGCAGCAAGAAGCCGAGAACUCCGUUCUCUCCCAUGUCCCUUACUAA